UUCCUGUGAAACUUCCUGGCCCCUGACUUGGCCUUUGGACAGUCUGUAGUGUCAGACUCUCAGUUUCUGUGAGAAAAGUUGUCCUGUUUGCUUUAUGAUCCCACUCAACUCUCUUCCUGGUAAACAGGAUUUUCUUUUAAGUUUGAUCAUCACAGUUGGUUGCAAAGGAGUACUGUACGUUUUCAUGAUUUUACCCCACAUUCUUAAUUAAUCUGUUUAACCCACAAAUUCAUUUCCUGACAGAAGUAGCACCAUCUAAAGUGACAUAAACAGGCUCUCCAACAGUAUAACAUGCCAAGAAGUAUUGUUACAAGAAAUAAACAUUACAGCCCACAUUCAAUGGACUGGUAGAAAAAAGGCAGUCAUUAUCCAGUAGGAGGAGAGGGGUGGGAAUGAAGCAAAUGUCUUCAGAUGUCUGUUCAGCAUCAGAUGCUUCCUUAAACAAGCAAGUCCUUGUCAAACAGUAGUUAGAAACAUCGGCGCUGCAGGAGAGUUGCUUCUUUUUUCAUUGGGAGAAAUUGGUCUGUCCACCUGAAGAAUGGUGGCUAACAUCAGCUCCAUGGUUGAAGAACCAAACCAGACAAAUUCUAAUAAUUGCUCACUUGAACCCGACAACUGGACCUACACUUAUGUCCCAGCGUACAUCCUGUCCAUCUCUGUUCUGGGAAUUGUUUUGAAUAUCUUUGUGCUGAUGGUCUUCAUCCUCCAUAAGAAUCCCUGCACCGUGUCUGAGAUCUACCUGAGCAACCUGGCUGCUGCCGACCUGUUCCUGGUCUCCUUCCUGCCCUUCUGGGCCGUCAACGCUUGGAAUAAGUUUGACUGGAUUUUUGGUCUUGCCAUGUGCAAAAUCGUAAAAAUGAGCAUCCUGAUGAACGUCUAUUGCAGCAUCUACUUCCUGGUUCUGAUUAGCAUUGAUCGUUAUUUGGCCGUGGUCCAUCCACUGUUCCAUGGGGGAAUGCGUCGCCCAAAAUUUGCUAAAAUUAGUUGUGUUAUGGUUUGGAUUCUGGGAUUAAUUCUCAGUGUUCCGAGACUUAUCAACAUAGAAUUGGCACCUGACAGAAAUAUUACUACUUGUAGUGAACCUAAUCAAGUUAUAUCGGAGUGGAUGAUUUUGGUUUUAGGGUUUUUUAUUCCCAUUUCCAUCAUUUUGUUUUGCACCGUCAACAUCCUCAAAGCUCUGAGAAACAGAUCUAUCCAAAGAGUAAAUGCAAAGAAAAAUGAUCACAAGGCCAACACUUUGGUGCUGGCCGUCCUGCUGGCGUUCCUGAUCUGUUGGGUCCCGUUCCAUCUUUGUAGGAUCCCAUCCCAUCUCCAAUAUGCCUAUAUCCUGACAGGCUGUAUGCAUAAGAAAAUCCUGUACUAUUGUGGGCAGAUCUUCACCUACUUGGCGUUCUUCAACAGCGUUCUCAACCCCAUUCUCUACGUCAUUGUCGGAAGAAACUUCAGAGACAAACUGAAGGAACUCUUCAAGCAGUGGGACCAAAAACGCAGUGCAACCAUCAGCCUAACAGCUACAAGUACAAGGUUUCUACGAAGUGUUAAAUCCCAACAGAUUAUCAACUAGAAUAUGAGUUUACUUUUUUUUCCAUUUACUUAGAGAAGAGACAACUAAAAAAUAAACUUGUUAGCUGGAGGAAUGAUUACCAAUUGUAAUCUGUGUAGAAGGUAACAUCAAAUCAAGGCAUGUCACUCAGUGACCCACAGAUAGAUCCUUUUCACGUCUACAGGUCCAGUUUCAGAGUUGUCUUUAUGAGCUGAUGUACAGACAGUGAGACCAUAAGGCCAACAGUUCUGCAGAGAAAUUAAAGAAAG